AUGGGCUCCGCAAAGGCCGCCGCCGCCGUCGCCGCCGUCUGGCACACCCGCGCAUCCGCGCAUAUGCUUCCGACUUCCGCGUCGGCGUCAAGCGCGCUCUCCUCGCUUUCCCCCGCCACCUCCUCCUCCCCCUCCCCUCCUUUUUCCUCCGCAAUCGCGCUCUCCCCUUCCGCCUCCGCCUUCCGCCGCGCCGCGCUGCAACCACUUAAGCCUUCCGCGAUCCGGCCAACCGAAGCCGGCCACGUGGCGGUGCGCGCGGAGAUGCAGAGCAUGGAUGAGCUGCCGGAGAAUCUGCAGAAGAUCGUGCGAAGCUUCCAGAUGGUGCCCGAUCCGCGCGCGCGGUACCAGCAGCUGCUCUACUACGCGGCGAAGCUCAAGCCGCUGCCGAAGCAGUUCCAGACGCCGGAGAACAAGGUCAAGGGGUGCGUCUCGCAGGUGUGGGUGCUACCGACGCUGGGCGAGGACGGGCGGGUGAGCUUCCAGGCGGAGAGCGACUCGCAGCUUACCAAGGGGCUCGCCGCGCUGCUCGUCGAGGGACUUAGCGGCGCCACGCCGCAGCAGAUCGUGGCGUUAAAGCCUGACUUCAUUCAGAUGCUGGGGCUGAAGCAGAGCCUGACGCCCUCGCGCAACAACGGCUUCCUCAACAUGCUGCUGCUCAUGCAGCGCCGCACGCUGCAGCUCUACGCCGAGCGCGAGUCCGCCUCCGCCUCCGCCUCCGCCUCCGCGCCCACAGAGCCCGCGCAAUCCGCGGAAGCAGCCGCCGCUGGCAGCGCUGCUGCUGCAGCGGCGGCAGCAGGCACAGCGGCGGGUGCUGCUGCUGCAGGUGGGGGGAACGGGGCGAGCGCCACGGGGGGGGACAGCGGGGAAGGGGAUGGGGGGGAGGCGGAGGCACCGAUUGAUCCCCAGCGGCCUGUGUUCUCGUCCAUGACUGCCAAGAUUAACAAGGCAUUGACGCCAACGGCAUUGGAGGUGGAGGACGUGUCUCACCAGCAUGCAGGCCACUCGGGGAAUCCCUCGGGCAAAGGAGAAACGCACUUCAAUGUGCGGGUGGUGUCGUCAGCAUUUGAGGGAGUGCCAACCAUUCGGCGGCACAGGCUGAUCUAUGGGCUGCUGGAGGAAGAGUUCAAGCAGGGCCUGCACGCGCUCUCCCUUGUCACCAGAACGCCUGCUGAAGAGGAGCGCCUCUCUGUGCGCUCCUGA